AUGUCCCCCUGUGUUCACUGGUCCGUUCCAAAUUAUGAAUUGAACUAUGAAGAGGAACUGAAAAGUGAAUCAGGUUUUCUUGGCUCACAUGUCCACUCUUUCUUCAUCAGGACGAUGGAUGGCGUGAACGAGGUGGGGGAGGUGCGGGUGUCCCGCGUGCAGAUGGAGGGAGACAGCGAGAGUCAAACUCCUUCUGAACAUAAGGUAGCACAAACUCCUCCCUUUGUGGAGAGCAACUGCACAUAUGAGAUGAACAAGCAGGGAAAACGUAUGGAGGGACAUACAAUUCAGGAAGUGAAGGAACUCGGUGACCUUUCACCCCACUGGGAUGGCCUUCGCCAUGAUGUCCUCAGCCACUGUAACCACGUGACCGGCUGCUAUCAGGAACUGCUCGCUGAGCUCGAAAAGGUCUCAGCUUCAUCCUGUUUUAAGUCGAGCACCAGUAAGUCAGACAGACACCUUCAGUUUGUUCCGACCAACCUACACACGCAGAGGAUGGAGGUCACCAGUCCCGACAGCACAGCGUUACGUAGCAGAUUUGCCCUGCAGAGUACCGUACAGCGCUUUCUGACAGCGGUAGCCAUCUUUGAUGCCGUGUCCUGUUUGCACGGUAUGAAGCGUCUCACAGUGCAGCACGCUUUCCUGCUCCCCUGUGUCUCUUACUCCCAGGAGGAGAGCUCUAGAGCCAAGGAGCUGCUGACAAGGAUGGCCCAGCUGCAGCCGUUGGUCUUCGGGCUCGCAGAGGAGCUGCUCUCCGUCGCGCAGGAGCUGAACGCCGCCCGGCUGCGGCAGGUCCUGGGCAGCCUGAUGGAACAGACCGAGCAGUUUGUGCAAGCGCUCAAAGAGGAGUUGGUAAAAUGCGCCCUGCUGGAGAUCCAUAACCAGUGCAUCGCAAACGCCAACAGCAGCCACGUCCACAGCAAUGGGCUGCUGUGUGAGAACUAUCCCGCCGAUCAGGAGCAGGAUGGUGGCCGAUAUGACACGGAGUACGACGAGGAGGAGUGGGACAGGGUGUGGGUGAAUGUCGGAAAGAGCAUCAACUGCAUUGUUGCCAUGGUCGACCGACUGCAGCAGCAAGAGGAGCAGCUUCAGACGGUGAUGUCACCAGAGCCGCAGGAAGGGGACACGAACUCUCAGAACACAGCCUCUCGUUCCUCCUUCUCCUCCUUCUCUGGGUGCACCUGGCAAGAGCACCUUCUCCCUCUGGUGGUCACUCUUAGGGACUGCGUGCGUGAGGCGGUGGGGAAGGCCCAGGUAGCUAUGACCUUUGUGGUCCUGCAGGAGGCAGUGGAUGUGACGGUCGCUCAGGGCCCUGUACACAUAGCCCAGAGACGUCACGCCGUCUUCAGCCAGGCGCUCUCAGCAGUAGUUUGUGGUGUCAUGCUGAAGCUUUACAGAGGCCUGGAGGAUCCUGACUUUCUACGGCAACUUCACACUGUAGGAGUAUUGGCUCAAUUUGAAAGCCUGUUGAGCACCCACGGUAAAUACACACUAGUCACACACAGUCACACUAUGGAAAACAGUCAUUGGUUUGGUGACUGUUCGUUGCAGGAGAGAAUAAACCAGCAGAGCUGUGAGCGUCUCAAAGCUUAUUGUAACACACUGAGGGACAGACUGCCUGACAUGGCUGGUAUCCAGUCGCUGGCAGACUUGUUGUCUUCUCUGGAACGCAGCAUUGAGGCCAAGAAGAGGAAGAACGUGGAGGUUCUGUGGAUCGCUGCUAAGCAUUCAGUCACUGUUCAGUCAUUUAUUCACAGCCCUACACCACACACACUCACUGCCAGACUGAGGUCAGGGCCAUAUCUGGCUGCACCUACGGCAGUCAACCCCCCUUACCUGCUGGGACAAAUUGGCUCCAGCUCUCCGUUUGAGGCGUCCAUCUGCAAGACGCCACCUGGCACCGCUUCGUCCACUAGACAAGAUCUGACCAGCCCCCGUGAGAUGGGGGGCUGGUCAGGUCCGCAAACCCAGGCACAAACCGGCGACAAUACCCAACCAGCCCCAGGAACCUCCUCACCGCCUUUUUGGUCUUGGGGCACAGGCCAGAUGCAAUGGCGGCUGUCUUCUCCGCCUGUGGAUGCACCUGCCCACCCCCCAAGUGGUACCCCAGAUACUGUUGGCUGUGAGCCCUGCCUAGAUCAGAGACUCCAGAACCACGCCCACCUUCUGCACAUGCUCCACCCAGGUGUUACUGUGAAUGAUAACAUCAUCCAGGAAGGAACAGCUUCAUUCACCAGGGAUGGCUGCAGGAUGGAGAACGUGGAGAAAAACAUUGGCAGCAGGAAGUUCGCCUUCAGCAGCGUCCAGCUUCUCACCUUCCCCAAACUCUACAGACCUCCAGAUGGCAGCUAUGGAUAAGAAUGCAUAAAAUGUAUCUGUGUACAUAUAUGUGUAUAUAAUUUCUUUUAUCAUUAAUUUGUUUUAUAAUGUGAUGACAGUGUUAUUUUUAUUUCUGUGUUCAUAAAACUGUUGAUUGUGGCUGUAGAAAUUUGAAUGACCAACAUUUUUCUGCAAUAAACACUUACACACUCGA